CAUCUCGGCAGGUAAUCCGAGAAUAGUGAUGCCCGAUAUGUAACUAGAAAUGGAAAAGAUUCAAAAGACGCGGUAGAGUCGGUAACGACUGCUAACGACGACCGUUAUUACCUGGCUAUCAGAGACAUGCUUAUCGGGAAGAUGGACAUGUUCUGGCCGCCUACCAGAUACUCUCGAACCGCGUCGGUGUUUUUCCGCGCUUUGUACGCUUGGUAGACGCCGACGAUCGCCGAUAUCGCCAGCAUCCCCGCGAACACGGCACAGUCGAUCAGAUCGAAGGAUUUCUGAGCGGAAGCUGCGGUGCUGCUGUCCAUUUCGUGUCCUUUGUCUCUCUCUCUCUCUCUCUAUAAUCCUCGGCGAAAGAGCUCGAAAACGUAACGUCUCGUGUAUCGGAGCGCGCGGAACCGAAUACGACCGGGCCGCUUAAACGAACCGACUCGGAGAGACGAUUGAAUAAUUGGAGAUUCCGUCGUUAUCGUUCCCACUCUGUUUCCUCUCCGCGUUACCUCUCCGUUCGUUCUUUCCUCGCGUUCGAGCCUCGUAACGCGCGUGCGACCCUGCAUCGUCGUCGAUCGCUCUUCGAAACACGAGAGGACAAGACAAUUACAUCGGCUCGCUACCGGCGGACGACGCGGCGGCGCGCAUUUAGCGAAAUUGCCCGGCUCCCUCCGUUGUUUACCCGACCGAUUCGUUUACCUUCUUUCGAGCGUCUUUCCUUUCCCGCCUCCGCCUUGUCUCUCGCACCGAUCGAUUUCCGCUUUUCCGAUGCGCUCGAAAUGCCGCGAAUCGGCCACUCCUUCGCGACGUUCGAGACCGAUUCGUCGUCUCGCUACCAUGAUUCGGACGUAUCUGGCGAGUUUGUUGGCGUUCGGUUUGUCCGCGAGAAGACCGAGCGUCGGCGAGGAACGCGGGCUCUGGUACGCGAACGUGACGGGCGACUUCCUGUUGGGCGGCCUGUUUCCCGUGCAUCGAAAGGGCAUCGGUGGUCAGAGCUGCGGCGAGAUUCAGAUCGAGGACGGAGUUCAACCGUUGGAGGCUAUGCUGUACACGGUGGGACGCGUCAACGACGAUCCGAGGAUUCUUCCGGGCGUGAAACUGGGCGUUCUGGCUUUCGACACGUGCGACAAUCCCGGCUACGCGCUCGAAGGAGCUUUCCAUUUCGUGAAAGGUAAGAGGGAAAAUUUUGAUGGGACGAUCCGAGGACGGUCGAAGGUGUUUCUCGCAGGUUUCGUGGCUCGUAGCAAGGAAUUCGGACAGGGAGAAGCAGGGUAUCGAUGCGAGGAUCGCAGCGCGCCAAAGUAUCUGGACGGUGAAUUCGAUCGGGUGAUCGCGAUACUCGGUGCUCAGUCGAGUUCGGUUACCAUUCAGAUCGCCUCGGUGUUGGCUCUGUUCCCGGUGCCGCAGAUCUCUUACAUGGCUACGUCGCCGUUUCUCAGCAGCAAGGAGAGGUUUCCGCACUUUUUCCGCACGGUACCGAACGACGUGAACCAAGCGCGCGCCAUGCUGGAGAUUCUCAGGCGAUUCGAGUGGUCGUACGUGUCGGUCGUUUACUCGGAUUCGGAGUACGGCGACCACGGAUACGAGACGCUGGUCUCGUUGGCCGACGAGUACUCGAUCUGCUUCAGCGCGCCGCAUCGCGUCGUUCAGGAUCGGUUCACGACGGAGGAUUACGACAACGUGGUUCGCACGAUAGCCGAGAAAACGGAAGUUCGAGUGGUGGUGUUGUUCGCGGAAAAGUCGACGACUUUGCUCGUGCUGGAGGCGGCCAGGAGAGUGGGCGUCGGUUCGCGAUUCGUCUGGCUGGGCAGCGAUUCCUGGCCGGACGUUCGUCCGAGUUCCGAGACGCGAGAAAUCGCUGAAUUGGAGGGCGCGCUCGCCGUUCAACCGCUGUACGCUUCACUCUCGGGGUUCGACGAGUACUUUACCGGUUUGAAGCUCGAUCACGAACGAACGAACCCUUGGUUCCGCGAGUUUUGGCAAAAGUAUCACGACUGCGCGGACGAACGAGUCUCUUGGAAACGGGUGAGCAGAGAUCCGAGAGUUCGCUGCGACGAUCCGCGACUGAAGAUCCAGCGGAGCAACGGCUACAAGCAACAUCGGUCGCUGCACUUUGUGCGAGACGCCGUGUACGCCGCGGCGUACGCCCUUCACGAGCUGCACAGGGACGUCUGCGGCGAGGGUUAUCGAGGUGUCUGCGAGGAAAUGUUGCCGCUGAACGAGCGCGCGUUCUCUCGUUACCUGGCCAAGGUGUCGUUCAAAGACGAGGCGGGAAACGGAUUCGGGUUCGUGGAGGAGGUCGACGGGCCGCCGAGGUACUCGAUCUUGAACUAUCAACGCAGAGGAAACGGCUCGUAUCGCUGGGUGGUGGUCGGGAAUUACACGCAGAACGAGCGAGGACGGGCCGUGCUGCGGCUGGAUCGGGACAAUCUCCGAUUCCGGGGCGAACGGUACGCCGACUUUCCCGCCUCUUCGUGUUCCCGGCCUUGCGGCUCGAAUCGCAUCAUGGUCAGGGUGAAGGAGGAUCCUUGCUGCUGGAGGUGUCAGAGCUGCGGCCUCUACCGGUACAAGGUGGACGAGCAGAGGUGCGAGGAGUGCGAGUGGGGCAGUCGACCGAGCGAGAACGGGAGCAGCUGCGAGCCGAUUCCCGAACAGUUCGUCGACUACUCGAAUCCUUGGGCCGUCGUCGCGACGGCCNUGGCCGUGUCGGGUAUCGCGUUCACCUCGUUCGUCUGCUCGGUCUUCUGGAAGUAUCGAGACACGCCGAUGAUCAAGGCGUCCGGUCGCGAGUUAUCCUUCCUGUUGCUGCUCGGCACGUUCGGAUGCUUCUCGAUGACGUUCGCCGUCGUCGCGAAGCCCAGCGUCCACAGUUGCGCCGUCGUCCGUUUCGGAAUCGGUUUCUGUUACACGAUCUGCUACGCCGCGCUCGCCACCAAGAUCAACAGGAUUCACAGGAUAUUCAACGAUCCGGCGCGCAGUCCCCGCAAGCGACGGUACACCAGUCCUCGGUCGCAGUUGGCGAUCGCGUCGAUCCUGAGCAUGAUCGAGGUCGCGUUCGACGCGAGUUGGCUGCUGAAGGAACCACCGGCGGUGACGCACUCGUAUCCGAGCCGAGACGCGAACGUUCGAGUCUGCAAGGGUUCCGAGGACGGAUCGUACGUGAUCGGGUUGUUGUACCCGUUCGUGCUGACCGUCGCGUCCACCGUGUACGCGAUCAAGACAAGAAAGUGUCCCGAAGGAUUCAACGAGACGCGGCGAAUCGCGUUCGCCAAUUACGCCACGAUUAUUCUUUGGCUGGCGUUCGUACCGCUCUACCUGGCUUCCUCCAGCAACGAGGUGAAGGUGAUCACUCUGGCGCUCUCGCUGUCUCUGAACGGACUGGUGCAACUGCUCUGUCUGUUUCUGCCGAAAGUCUACGUGGUCCUGAUCAGACCGGAAAAGAACACGAGGGAACUGGUGAUGGCCAGACCCGCCGGCUCUUCGCAUCCGACCGGUCCCGCGACACCGAUACCGCCCUAAUAUAAUUCAUCGCGAAACCCUAAUAUAGAUACGGACGAGUUGCGGAUCGAUAGAUCGUUCUCGGAAAUAGCAUAUUUUAUUUGUACAAACUAUCGUAGCAACGACAACAGAAAACGUGUUAAAAUUAAAAAAUACCUGCUAUAGAGGUCAACCAACGA